ACAAUUCUACAGGCUGCAGCAGCAUCAUCAACAUCAUUCACAUAUUGUGUGUCUGACUGAUAAACACUGUCACUUGUAUUUUUAAAUUUAAAUUAUUUUUUUUUUUCCAUCUUUUAUCACAAUCGAAAUUUUUUUCGUUAUCGAAAUUAUUACUAUUGCGGUUUAUUUCGAUUUACACUGUGAGACUGUUGAUGAUUUUUUUUUAUUGUUUACAAGUUUAAAGUGAUUAAUUAGUGUUGAAUUAUUUAAAGUUUUUUUCAAUGGUGAAAUAGUUGAUUAAUAAUUUAUUUUUUUUUUAAUUAUUUAUUGUUAAUUUUGUUGACUAGUAUUAGAUAUUUAAUUUUUUUUUAUUGGUUCAAUCAGUGAAGCUUGUUUUUUUUUUUAUUGAUUAUUUAUUUAUUCAUUUUUUUUUUUUUUUGGAGUAAUUUAUUUUUUAUGAAUGAACGGGGAUGGUAUUUUGAAUUUGGAUAUGAAGGAAAAGUGACUGGACAGUGCGUCGGUAUCGAGGUCGAGUGAUAUGUUAACCGAGGACAAUGACCCGAUAAAACCGACAGUGGUUUUAGAUAGUAUUCACAGUAUCACAUCAACUGGAGCAUCAUUGCACCAUCUCAGAAAUGUUCACAAUGUUACAGAUACAGAGGUCAAAAAUGAAAUUCAAGAAUGUUCAGAGGGUGAAAAUGUACAUCUUGAUUUAGACAGAUGUACCUCUGAAUAUAGCACAGAUGAUAAAGAUCAUGAGUAUCAAGAUUCGAUGGAAAAAGUUGAUUACAGCUCGUAUUAUGGAGCAAAUCAGUAUUACAACAGUUUUUACAAUUCUCCAUCAUACGGUUCACCAACAGCAACAAAAACAUCACCGGGUCUUCAAACAUCAUAUUUAAGUAGUUACACACCACCAAAUCCCAUGACACAAUAUGCAUCAUAUCCAACUUACAAUACUGGUGGAACAACAUUUCAACCCAUGGGACAUCAAAAUAUAUCUCAUCAAUCUACACAAAAAUUAGAUUAUUCUGCUUAUAGUAACACGUGUCUAUAUGGAAAUGAUCGUGUUCCCCUUCAUCAUCAAUACUCGAGUUAUUAUCCUGUUCCAGGAUAUCACCCACCUCCAGCAUCAUUCAACAUUGGGAAUAUUAAUUUUACAGAACCACCAAAGCCAACAGGAUUAAAUUUAGAUCCAAUUCCUCAUGAAAAUGUUGAAUUAACACCUAGAGAACCAGUAGUUAGUUUAAGUAAUGAAGGAACAUCAGCGAAGCCUUGUAAACGUGGAAGAAGACAAAGCGGAAGCGGAAAUAGUAUUGGUUCAGCAGAUACAACAGAAGCCGGACCAGAUCGUAUAUUCAUAUGGGAUCUAGACGAAACCAUAGUUGUGUUUCAUUCUCUUUUAACCGGACAAUAUGCUACAAAGCAUGGAAAAAAUCCAGCUUUGUUGAAACAGCUGGCUGUUGGAAUGGAGGAAAUGAUAUUUAAUUUAGCUGAUACACAUUUUUUUUUCAAUGAUGUUGAGGAUUGUGAUCAAGUACAUAUUGAUGAUGUAUCAUCAGAUGACAAUGGACAAGAUUUAUCAUCAUAUAAUUUUUCAACUGAUGGUUUUCAUUGUGCAUCAGCAAAUAAUGGUAUAUGUUUACAAUCUGGUGUUAGAGGUGGUGUUGAUUGGAUGAGAAAAUUAGCAUUUCGUUAUAGAAAAAUAAAAGAAAUAUAUUGUAACUAUAGAAAUAAUGUUGGUGGUUUAAUUGGUGGAUCAAAACGUGAACAAUGGCUACAAUUAAGAUCAGAUAUUGAACAAGUUACUGAUAAUUGGUUAACAUCAACAAUGAAAUGUUUAAAUUUAAUUAAUAAACGUAGUCAUUGUGUUAAUAUACUUGUUACAACAACUGGUCUUGUUCCUGCAUUAUCUAAAAUUUUAUUAUUUGGUAUUGGAGGUAUAUUUCCAAUUGAAAAUAUUUAUUCAUCAACUAAAAUUGGUAAAGAAAGUUGUUUUGGACGUGUAGUUGCAAAAUUUGGUCGUCGUUGCACAUACGUGGUGAUUGGUGAUGGACCUGAUGAAGAGACAGCUGCACGUGCGCACAAUUUCCCCUUUUGGAGAAUCAACAGCCACUCGGACACCCAGGCACUCUACAAUGCCCUUGAAAUGGGCUUUCUAUAAUGGAGCUCUUAACUUUUCUUUUAUUUUUUUUUUUCUCUAUUUCUCUUCUAUUCUUUUUUUAUUUUUUUUUCAAACAAUGGAAUAGAAAAGAAAAUAUUAAACACACACACACAUUUUAGAAGUGAUAAUAAUAGAACGAACAAAAAAAAAGAAAACAAAUAUGGAUCUGUUUAUUAGACCAAUUUAUCGUCAUUCCUAG